CCCCUCCCUGCCCCCUCCCUCCGUCCUCCGUCCAUCCUUUCAAAAAGACUCAGCGAUCAGCCUGAACAGGCAGCGUAGGCUGCCCUCUACAGGUGGAUGAAUGAAGACUCCAUUCAAGAGCCCAGCGGCCCCCCGGCCACGAGCGGAUGGCGGACAUUCAGGCGUGUCUGCAAACAUGAUGAAGAAGAAGAACUCGCACAAGAAACAGAGGACCAGUGUUGGUCCUAGUAAGACUCUGGCUCCACCCAAGAGGAGCAUAGUCGGCUACAGGAUCCAGCACAUUUGGAAGGAGGGCAGUAAGUCAUCUCAGUGGAAGGGGACAGUCCUGGACCAGGUCCCCGUUAACCCCUCUCUCUUUCUCAUCAAAUACGAUGGCUUUGAUUGUGUCUACGGCCUGGAGCUGUACAGAGAUGAGCGGGUGGUGGGGCUGGAGGUGCUGCCCGACAGAGUGGCUCCAGCCCUCGUCAGCGACUCACUGCUGGCCGACACGAUGAUCGGUAAAGCGGUGGAGCACAUGUUUGAGACGGAGGACGGGCCGAAGGAGGAGUGGAGGGGCAUGGUUCUGGCCCGGGCUCCUAUCAUGACGUGCUGGUUCUACAUCACCUACGAGAAAGACCCAGUUCUCUACAUGUACCAGCUGCUGGACGACUACAAGGAAGGAGACCUGCGCAUCAUGCCCGACUCAAACGACAACGUGACGACGGAGCGGGAGCCCGGCGAGGUGGUCGACAGUCUGGUGGGCAAACAGGUGGAGUACGCCAAAGAAGAUGGCGGCAAGCGCUCGGGGAUGGUCAUCCACCAGGUGGAGGCCAAGCCCUCCGUCUACUUCAUCAAGUUUGACGACGACUUCCACAUUUACGUCUACGACCUGGUCAAGACCUCCUAAGACCGAGAACUCCAGAAAAAACUUUCACAUCCUGCCCAGAUCCUCCAUAAACACAGCCCCGCCCCCUCCUCCCCCUCGACCUGUGGAGACAGAUGAUAUCACAGGAGAAGAUGACAACUGUUCCCGAAACAACAAGUAAAAGCUGUUACAGUUCGAUCCUGAGACCAAAUGAAUAAAAAAAAAAACUCAUCUGAAAGCAGGAAGGUCGACAGAAGGACGUCACUCCCCUUUUCCUGAAACCCUGUCGGACUGUUUGAAACCUCCAUCGUGUGUGUGCGCGGGGGGGAGGGGCUCUGCUGAGGUCAAUGAAGGAACACAGGCGUAGAUUUGGACCUGGUCUCCAUCGUGCAUCUGCUUUUUCAUUCAAGGCGUGAACAGACGUUGAAAACCCGAAAGAGGACGUCGACUCUUAUCAUUUCUCUUUCUCAUGUGUCGGUUCCGACAUCAUUUCCCGUCAUUAGCUGAUUUAUACGUUCAUUUUAAAGCAGCGUUCUCUGUUCUUUCCUUUCUUUCUUUUAUUGGAGUUGUUGUUUGUUGCUUGACCUUGUUUCCAGUGCUGCGUUGCCUCCCUAAAUUUCAGCCUGAAGGUUCGACCGAUAACUUGUUUUAUAAGGUUUUAAACAUUUUUAUAUUGGUGCCAAAAAGAUUCCAGAAAAGUAUUGACAGGAAGCAGAAUCGCUGAGAUGACGAUGCCCACGUUAUGUGGAAAAAAUAUUGAACCUUUCCCCGUUUUAUAAACAUGUUCUGUUUAAUAUAAUACAAGGCAGUUUAAUAUCGUUUGAUAGCACUUAGGUGAAAACAAGGUUAACAGGAAAAAUAACAAAUAGAAAGAAAAGAAAUAGGAAAAAUCAAAGUGUUGAAAUUCAGUUUUAUUGAAUUUCAGUCUGCAUUUUAUUUUCUCAUGUGUUUUGGAUCCGAUUUUAAAGGGAUAGUUCAGGUUUUUUUUGAAGGUACUGAAGUUUAUAAACCUCUCACUCCCCCACACCAAAGUCGUCCCUGUCACUAAGUUAAAAUGUAUGAAGUUCUUUGUUCACAUUUAACUUUUAAAGACACAAACUUACUGAAGAGAGACAGCAGUGGACUUUGGUGCUUUUAUAUAUGUUUUCCUUGAUAUAAAGAUAUCAUAGACUUAAUUGGACCUUAACCUUCUGUUUUCCUUGUGUUCUCAUUGGCAGCCAUGUUUUUGGCUGUUUCUGUGUAAUUAAAAAAAACCUUAACUAUCCCUUUAAUAUCAGAACGAGACACAUGAUGUUGUUCAUAAGUGUUUAUUAAUGUUCAUUAUUUGUUUUUGCAUCGUUGCCUUGUUUCACUGUGUUGUUCAGUUUCCGCCUCAGUUGUUUGUUUCGCUUUAAUAAACACUUAGACGUCAUUAAUAUCAUUUAUUAUUCAAAGAGCUGCCUGAAAAGUCAAGUUGCCAUCACAUGGAGGGUGUCGCACCUUAUUUUCUCCCAUCGUCGUCUCUCCUUUGUUUGUUUCUCCUCUUCUGUCCAGUGGAGACUGCACGCUCUCCGUCGUGAGGAAGUUUUAAAGUCAAAACAUUUCCUUCUUCAGGAGGAAACUCUCUCCGUGAUUUAACGUCCUCUCCUCUUCGUUGCUCUGACCACCAAACAUCCGAGUCUAAAGAGGCGUGGCUGUCUCUGUCCACAUCACAUUCCCCGUGUGAGUCCGUGUAGCGCUGACCUUGUACAGUUGGAGCAGCUUCUCCCAUAUUUUUGUUCAUUUUCUUAAGUAAAACUCGCUGAUUGUAGCGUCUUGAUUCCCUUAAAAUGUCGACUUAAGAUUCUAGAGCCUUAUUUUGAAGACAAACACAUGAGAACAUUUGACUUCCAUUGUGAUGAAUCUGUGUUCCCACAUCUUUUGUGUGUUCUCCAGAGCUUUCGAGAUCCUUUUUUUUUUUCUACUCUGUUCAAAACACAAAAUUCACAGCUUUGGGUUCUGGAACGAUAAGAGUUUUGUAUGGAAAAAAAGAAAUACGAGCGUUGUUUGUGAUUGAAUUAAAGAGUGUGGUGUCGUCGUAGAA